AAAGAUCUAGAUUCUUCGGAUUUGUAAGACCUCGAGUUAAACUAUAUACGAGCGGUAUGGCAGGCCCAUUGUCAGAAAUCACCACGAAACUCUUGCAACACAACUCAGAAGCUAUAAUCAUCAAAACUGUAAGAUCAUGGCAUCGUCGACACCUCCAUCGUCAGCGUCCAAAAGUCCUCCCGCACCACCAACAUCAAAAUCCCAUCUCCGCAUAGCUCGCCCAACGAACAACAUUUCAACAAUCCUUCCAUUCUAUACCGAAGGUCUCGGUUUCACUAUCUUAUCAUCCUUCACCGCUCACGCCGGGUUCGACGGCGUCAUGCUUGGACAUCCUGGGGCACCAUACCAUCUUGAAAUCACGACAAAAGAUGGCCAUGACGCGGGACGAGCUCCGACGCAAGAGACCCUACUGGUUUUCUAUCUGCCGGACAAAAGUGAGUGGAAAGAAGCAGUUUCGCGAAUGGAAAAGGCUGGGUUUGGGGCGGUGCCAAGUUUCAACCCGUAUUGGGACGUGCAAGGGAAUACUUUUGAGGAUCCGGAUGGGUGGAGGGCGGUGUUGCAGAAUGCGACAUGGAAUUCUUAAAAGAAAGUAUCGCUUUGCAUUG